AUGUUGCUGACUGGUGAGAUGGCACUAACUUCAGUGGAUUAUCUCAAUCGAACAUUUCCCCUCAUCUAUCCCCUUACCGUUCAACCACAAACUCCAUCUUCAGAUGCGCAAUCAAUCAUUCUCAUCACCAUCAUUGGCUGUGCUGUUGGAAUAGGGAUUGGCUUGAUUAGAAAACUCAUUGGUGGAUCUCGGCAAUGCAGAACUAUCAUCUUCGCUGAAGUUCACGAUAUACUGAAUGAGGAUUACGAAGCAGUGGAGAUCAUUAAUCAGCCUCUAUUAAGUAGUAUGGAGUCAAUACUUAGUGAACAGGAAAAUAUACAUUAUUUCAGCGUGAGAGCAUCUGUUGUUUAG